CAAGACACCAGUAAAAUUGCCUUGCUUGUUAAAUUUGAGGGGCUUAAAUUACUGAUCCACGAUCCACGCUGGGACAAGGAGUUUGGAGAAGUGAACAGGCAUCCCCGAAGGUCAGAGCACCGCAGACUCAAGGCUGUUCUAGUUUCCCCAAUGGCUCAUGUCUUUCCGAAAUCACUCACGCUCGCUUUCCUUGCUCCGCUUCCGCUCGGGCACAUCUCCGAAACUUUGGUUUUGGGUUUGAGACUCCAUGUGCUCCAAGUUUGCUGCUUGCAGUUCCUUGAGCCGAAGAUGAUGGAAGUUUUUCACUUCAACUCUUUCCAGACCCAGCCACUUUGGCACUCACUCCACAGCUCAGAAGUCCCAGUUUCUGUGGUCCAAACAUGAAACCAAGCCUUCUACUCUGCCUCCACUCCAGCAAACCAGCAGCCAUAGCAAAAGCAAAAUGAAGACUUCAGCUGGAGGCAGUACAGAGUCUCCUUCAUCUGCUUUGUUACUUCCACUGUUACCACUUCAGAGUGCAGCAGUGUCCUCCAGGCUCACUCCAUCUGUGACAAGCCAGCUUCAGAAUCCACAAGAAGGGCGUCUGAAGGAGAAGCUGCACCCAGUCAAGAUGCCAGCCAAGCCUCGGCUCAUGAGGAUGAUGCUCCGGAACCAGCGGAACUUGCUCCAGGACGUCUGCAAGCACGAGCACUUCCUCUCCGAGCAGAAUGAGGAGCUGGUCAGGGCCAUCCUGGACACAGAGGACAGCACAGCACUGCAAGUGCGGGCCAUGCUGCAGCAGGAGGACAUCACAGUGAACAUGAUGGACAUCUUGGAGUACUCAAACAACGAGCUACAGAGGUGGAAGUCUGAGCUUGAGGAGUGGAGAAAGAAGGAGGAACACAAGAAGAGCAGCCUGGAGCAGCAGGCAGAGCAGCUGAACACUAGAAUAAGAAACACCCAGGAGCUGGUGAGCUUCCUGAACACCUACAUGGACCACGAAUACCCCGUAAGGUCAGUGCAGAUUGGUGGCCUUAUGCGCCAGCUGCAGCAGGUGAAGGACAGCCAGCAGGAGGAGCUGGAUCAUCUCAGUGAGAUGCGCAGGAUGGUGCUGAAGAGCCUGUCCAACACACAGCAGGAGAAAAGGAGAAAGGUCUGGAGGUCUCUAGUGGUGAAAACCCAGCACCCUCGUGACAAGAACCUUCGACAGGUGAUCCAGGACAACAAGUACCAGCAGCAGUGCAUGGUCAGGUGCAGAAACCUUAUCGACCAAUCGAAGGAGAAAGUGCUCACAUUAAAGGCUGAGGUGGAAUCACUCCAGGCCCAAGUCCGGGAUCCGCGGGAGGUCAUUUUUGAGGAUGUUCUGCUUCGGAGACCCAAGUGCACCCCAGACAUGGACGUCAUCCUCAACAUCCCUGUGGACGAGCUGCUCCCCUUCUAGAUGUCAGUGCCAUGACUCCUCAUCUGCCUGCUGUCUCCCAGCACCCAGAGCCUUCCUCGGUUUACUUCCGCGACUGUGUCUCCACCCAGACCCUGGUCUGCAGUUGCCCACCUUCCUCUCUACAGCUUUUUUCUUGUUUCUCUUCCUUCUUGCCCAUUUGGUGCCACUCCUUGGGCCAGGGAGGUCUUUGGUUAAAUCUGUCAUGCCUUUAUAAAUAA